AUAAUAAUAAUACUCCCCCUGUCUAAUGGAGAAUGACCUACUUUCCUUUUUAAUCAGUUUCAACAAGAAUAAUUUUUUUUUUGUAAUACAUUAAUUUCAAUUUUUUACUUUAGGAUAAAACUAAAAGAUAUUUUAAUAUAUUUGAUACAAUUUUAAUUUAAGAUUACACGAUUCAAAAGUGAUUUUAUUUUUUUUAAAUUUGUGAUAAGUUAUUUUUUUAAAACGGGAAGUAAUAGAAUCGGUGUACUAGGUUAGUAUAAAAGAGAAGAAAACUCAAUUUGCGUGGAGAUUAGAGAAAUCGGAAGGAAUCAAGAAUGGCCGGAGUGAAGGAAGUACAAUCAAAAGGGGAGCUUGACAAGAUAGUGGGCGAUGGAUCACCAGUAAUUUUGCACUUUUGGGCAUCAUGGUGUGAAGCUUCUAAGCACAUGGAUCAAGUCUUUUCUCACCUUUCUACUGAUUUCCCACAUGCCCAUUUUCUCAGAGUUGAAGCUGAAGAACAGCCUGAGAUAUCUGAGCUGCACUCUGUUUCUGCUGUUCCUUACUUUGUCUUCUUCAAGGAAGGUAUGACUGUUGAUACAUUGGAAGGGGCCGAUCCUUCUAGUUUGGCUAACAAGGUUGCCAAAAUUGCUGGGUCAAUCACUCCUGGGGAUCCUGCCGCUCCUGCUAGCCUAGGAAUGGCUGCAGGUGCCACUGUUCUUGAAGCAGUUCAGGAAUUAGCUAGAGAAAAUGGUGGCACCCUUCAAGGGUCAAGUUCCGGUCUUGAUGAUCGCCUAACAAAGCGACUUCAGCAGCUGGUUGCUUCUCAUCCAGUUUUGCUUUUCAUGAAAGGGACUCCUGACGCACCCCAGUGUGGUUUUAGUCAGAAAGUAGUUGAUAUUUUGAAGAAAGAGAAGGUCAAAUUUGGAAGUUUUGAUAUUCUGACGGACAAUGAAGUCCGCGAGGGGCUGAAGAAAUUUUCCAAUUGGCCAACGUAUCCUCAACUGUACUGCAAGGGUGAACUUCUUGGUGGUUGUGAUAUUGUUAUAACUAUGCAUGAGAGUGGUGAACUUACAGAAGUUUUCAAGGAUCACGGGGUUGGGAUCUCUGAUUCUCGUGAAGCUAAACCAAAUGAAACUGCUGGUGGAAAGGGUGGCAUCGCUCAACCAUCUGGUUUGAGUGAUGUCCUGACUACUCGUCUUUCAGGUCUAAUCAAUUCUAGCCCAGUUAUGCUCUUUAUGAAAGGAACAACCAAUGAACCCCGGUGUGGGUUCAGCAGAAAGGUGGUGGAAAUUCUUAAACAGGAGAAAGUAGAGUUUGAGAGUUUUGACAUUCUUACUGAUGAUGAAGUCCGUCAAGGCCUGAAAGUUUACUCCAACUGGUCUAGUUAUCCGCAGCUAUACAUAAAGGGUGAACUUAUUGGCGGAUCAGACAUAGUACUGGAGAUGCAAAAAAGCGGUGAGUUUAGGAAGGUUCUAACUGAGAAGGGGAUACAUCGGAAAGAGAGUCUUGAAGACCGUUUAAAGAAUCUAUUAAAUUCCUCACCUGUAAUGCUCUUUAUGAAGGGUACACCAGAUUCACCGAGGUGUGGUUUCAGCUCCAAGGUGGUAAACGCCUUGAAGGAGGAAGGGGUUGAUUUUGGAUCCUUUGACAUUCUUUCCGAUGAAGAAGUGAGGCAGGGAUUGAAGACCUUCUCCAACUGGCCAACUUAUCCGCAGCUGUAUUACAAAGGUGAACUUGUAGGAGGAUGUGAUAUUGUGCUGGAAUUACAUAGCGCGGGUGAACUGAAGUCAACAUUAUCUGAAUAGAAGAACCGCGCAAAUCAGACAUAACAUGUUAGCCGUGGCCUUACACUUUGUGACGAUAUGAUUUGGUGGUGUCUGAACUGUCAGAAAGUAUGUAUGGUCUUUUAACAAGAAUUCCAUGUUGCAGAUUUACACUUUUAGAGGUGUUUACUGUUGCUUUUUAUUUAUGUGAGUCUCAGUUUGAUCUUCAUUCAGAAUGUGUUGCCAGUCGUGAAUUAUAUAUGCUUCUGUAGAGACCUCAUUUUUCUU